CAACCGUUCAGGAUCGCCACACCGACGGACGCGACGGACGAGGCGCUCAGUUGACGAUGCGGGAAGCCCUCGAUGUCGUGCUAUCGAGCACAAAUGCUAUCGUUGUGGAUGCUACGACGCUACAUGCCAUGGUGGUGGCCUGUAGCGUGUUGUUGCUGGUGUUGAAUUUGUUCGUGGUCUUUCUCGGCAACAAGUUCUUUACAAUGUCUCUUGUCGUUCAAGGUGGGAUCCUCGGUGGUGUUGUGGGCUGGUACGUUGGAAACGCCAUUGCUGACUCGAUCGACAAGCACACGCCUGUGGUGGCCCUCGUUACAGCCAUUGGUUUCACGAUCUUCUGUGCAUUUUUCACGUGCGUGCUGCACCACUGCAUGCAGUUCCUGUUUGGACUCGCGUUGGGCGUGCAAGUUGGCUCUGUUCUCAACGUGCUAUGGCUGCACACGAUGGACUCCCCACUCAACCGAGCCAACCCCAACGUGCUUGGCUACGUCGUCAUGGCACUGCUUGGACUGGUCCUUGGUCUCGGCGCCCUCUUCACUGGCAAGAAAAGCCGCAUUCCAUUGACUGCGUGGGUUGGUGCGUACUGGGUCGUCCAAGCGAUUGGAACCGUCGUGGGCAACUUUCCGCCAACAUUUUACCCAUUUCCACAGGACGCGCCGGUAUUUGUUCCCGUCGUGGUAUGGAUGCAUGCGCGAUGAGCGCGUCCGACCAUCCUCACGGAGCUCACGCUGCAGUUUUACUAUUACAUCGGUGCGUGGAUCGCUUUGGCAUUGCUCGGGUCGUUCGUGCAAGCCCGUUGGCGACGACUUGAGCCCCGAGGAACGGCGGCGCUGGAUGAAAUGGACGACAUUCAGCUCGAAAAAGCGUACCAGCAGCAAAUGUCGUUCAGGCAAUUGUAGGCAUUAGGCGAACGUGUCUGUCCUCCAUACACAUCCGACGAGGCUUUGCGACAUUGACCCCUUGUGGUCAUUGCGCUCGGCAUUCGAGUCGCAUCGCGAGCAUGGUCGCUAGGCGAUUCCGAGGGGGGUGUUGCGAGGGGGUCGGUCCCGUGCAGCGUCGUGUACAAGCCAUGCGGCCGCCAUAAACACAAACACACUGUAUACCUCG